AUCGACACCGGUUAUUCGUCUCAAUCAAGGCCGCCGAGCUUUUUUGUCUCUUCCUAUAAAUGGACCUCCAGGAGCCCCCCCCCUUCUCGUGAACUCCCCCGGGUCGUGCUACUAUCCAAACGAUGCUCAGUUCUACGGUUUCUGUGAUUAUUGCUGUGUCUCAGCUAUAUGGCGCCGCUCAAGCAGCACAUUCAAGCCCAAGGCGGAACUUGGGCUCCCGCACGAGUCAGGAUGUCGGGACGGGACUGUUCGGUCGAUCCACAACCAACUGCGGAACAUCAGGACCAGCCAGUUGUCAGAACACGACUAUUCAGACAGACCUCUGUUGUUUUGAGGCGCCAGGUGGCUUACUCGUUCAAACACAACUUUGGGAUACGAAUCCAUCCACUGGUCCAAGUGACUCAUGGACUAUCUUCGGAUUAUGGCCUGGUAACUGUGAUUUGACGUACGACACUUCGUGUGACCCCGCCCGCGAUUAUACGGACAUUACAGGCCUCCUUAACAACGCGGGGCAGCAGUCAUUGGUAUCCUAUAUGAAUACCUACUGGGUACCUGACUCUGGGACUCCGGAAUCUUUCUGGGAACAUGAAUGGAGCACACAUGGGACGUGUUACAGCACCUUGAACCCCUCAUGUAUCAUUAAUUACGCGAAUGGCGAAGAGGCUGUCAGUUUCUUCGAGCGUGCAGUAGGGCUAUUCCAAACCCUUCCAACCUACACUUGGCUGGCUAAUGCCCGUAUAACCCCGAGCUCUACUGUCACUCACACACUAACAUCCCUCACCAAUGCCCUGACAACUGCGAGUGGAGGUUACACACCUGCACUAUAUUGCACCAACCAAGUACUCAAUCAAAUUUAUUGGUACUUCAACUUGAAGGGUUCACUAAUCGAUGGCGAAUUCGUGCCGAUCUCUGCUCCACAAGUUGGCAGCUGUCCCAGCUCUGGGAUCAAGUAUCUCCCAAAGAACUAAACGAUCUCCGUCAAGGCUCUGAUAAUAACUAGUUGUCCCCGUUCAGUUCUUGCUUGUUAAAUUUUUCAGGUGCAAUACGAUCCACUGGCUCGUUCAUUGCUCAAAAUUACGGAGUGAUUGUUAACGUGAGAGUGAAUGCGGGUCCUGUUCGCGCCAGUUUUGGUUUUUCCAUCUCGAGACCUCCCUCUUCGCAUAAGGCCCCUUAGACAGCACCCAUAUAGUUUAGUCUCUGAACGAGCCUCUCGAUGGUGUGGAUAAGAUGAGUGCACGUAAACAAUGUUGGUAAGAUGCAAAAUGUAGUCGUGAAUGCG